GAGACAGCAUUUGUUGGGCUCACCAGAGAGUACCUCAGGCCUUCUUCAUUCAGUUCAUGGAGGUCUGGAUUUGAGGUUGGUGAGUGUGGACUCAAGGGGUCCCCAGCAGCAAGCAGGAGGUAGGAGGAAGCACCACAUGAAACAGCAGCUUCAAGGAAGACCCACCAGGAUCCCUGCAGGCGGGGCCCAGGUUGUCUGGGGUCAGGGACCAGCAUCACCCAACUAGAACCCCCUCUCUGAGGGGGGCCUCCAGCAGACCUCUUAUGAGCAUCCCAGCCAUCCCUCCUCCACCUGCUCUGUAGAGAAGGGAAGAUGAGCGAAUCGAGCUCAAAGUCCAGCCAGCCCUUGGCCUCCAAACAGGAAAAGGACGGCACCGAGAAGCGAGGGCGGGGCAGGCCUCGAAAGCAGCCUCCGGUGAGUCCUGGGACUGCGCUGGUAGGGAGUCAGAAGGAGCCCAGCGAAGUGCCAACACCUAAAAGACCUCGGGGCAGACCAAAGGGGAGCAAAAACAAGGGCGCUGCCAAGACCCGGAAAACCACCACAGCUCCAGGGAGGAAACCAAGAGGCAGACCCAAAAAACUGGAGAAGGAGGAAGAAGAGGGCAUCUCGCAGGAGUCCUCAGAGGAGGAGCAGUGACGGCACCACCCGCUUCCUCACCGAGGAGCAGUUUCCUUUUGGGACUGGACAGCUCCGCUCCCACUGCCCCGGCCCCUACCCCAGGCCCCACAUCACCGCCACCCACCUGCGCCCGCCUGCACCGCCACACUACACAGCACACCAGCCAGGCCCUGGUGGCCCGAGUGGGGAGCAAUUUUCCUUUGGUCUCAGUUCCCCGCAGCCCCUCACCCACCCACAUGCACUCACUUGCCCUCCCGGACAAAGCUGACUUCCACGUAGCCACACCCUGCACCUGCUGCGGCCCUGCUUCUGCGUGGUGCGGACAUGCUGACUGGGCUCCUGGCUUGGGGGCCCCUUCCCCACUCUUACCUCUGGCAUCCCAUUAGGGGGCCUGGGAGGGCUCCCCUGGCCUUAAAGGGGCCGGGCCCCAUCUCACUCUGACACGCCCACUCCACUGUCCUGGCAGCAGCAGCAGCAGCAGCACAUGUGGCUGUGGACAGGGCUCUUCACUCCCAAGAUGCCCCAACCAACUCGUGUCUCACCAGGUGGGGCUCACACCCACUUUCCUUCCUUCCCCACCUGCCCAGUCUCUACACUAGUUUGGACAGCCCCACCCUGGGACACAGGAAGGAAGGCAGGAGGGGCAUGAGCCUCCCACCCCAUCUGCUUCCACUCUAGGCCUCCAGUCUCCCCUCCCUCGUAUGGGGCACUAACAAGGAGCUAGCCUUGCCCACUCCCACCCCCUGCUCCUCCCCACCCCCCAAGGUUCUGGUUCCAUCUUUCCUCUGUUCACAAACUACCUCUGGACAGUUGUGUUGUUGUUUUUUGUUCAACGUUUCAUUCUUAGACAUCUGUCAUUGCUGCUGCUACCAGCGCCAAAUGUUCACCCUCACUGCCUCCUGUUCUGCCCACACUCCCCUCCAAGAUGCUCUUGGGAAGGGGCCAGGGGCAAAGCAGGCUGGGAAUAGACUGCCCCAGUCCCAGGGAAGGUGGGGCUCUUGCCCCUCGGAUGCUGCAGCAGAGUGAGCAGCGGGGGGCGCCUGUGUUGAUGUCGGAGAGUGUGGGGCCACCUUCUCCCCCUGUUCUCCUGGGGAGGAGGUGGCCAUUAUUUGUCCCAGCCUGGGCCCCCCCCCCUCUGGUUUCCUAUUUGCAGUUACUUGAAUAAAAAAAU